CGCGUACACAGGCCGGCGGACGCGCGAGGUGCGGGUCGCCGGCUGGAGACUCCGCGGGAGCGCGGCCGGGCGGCCUCGGCCCGAAGGGGGCCAGCGCCUGCCGAGCUGGCGGGGCGCUCUGCGGAGGACCGGGCGUGGGCUUCCUGCUCCCGCCAGGGAACGCGGAGAGAAUGAAAGCCUAUCUGAAGAGCGCAGAAGGCUUCUUUGUCCUGAACAAAAGCACCACAAUCGGACGGCAUGAGGACUCCGACCUUGUUUUGCAGUCCACAGACAUCGACAACCACCACGCUCUCAUCGAGUACAACGAGGCCGAGGGCAGCUUUGUCCUCCAGGACUUCAACUCCCGCCACGGCACCUUCGUCAACGAGUGUCACAUCCAGAACGUGGCCGUGAAGCUCAUUCCUGGAGACAUCCUGAGGUUCGGGGCCACGGGGCUGACCUACGAGCUGGUCAUCGAAAACCCACCGCAGGUCUCCUUCCCGUGGGCGAGGGGCCCAACACCUUGGUCAAGGCCACAGCCGUCUCGGCCCACACCGCAGCAGAACCACUCACCCUCGCCGACACAUAUCCCCUUCCAUCCGGGCAUGCGGCCAGCCCCCGUACAAAGGAGCUGGUCCCAGGGCUUCCCCAGGCCGACCAUGGUCCCGCCAGCCCCACACGGGCGGCCCCUGAGCGCCAGCGGGAAGAUGUUCUCGUUUGUGAUGGGCCCCACGUCUCCUAUCAUCAAGCAAGUGUGGACCAGUGCCAUGGAGAUGUCGGAGCAGUCCGUGGCCGAGGGGAUUCCUGGGGCCGUGCCCCCCACAGAGAUCUACCUGGACCACGACCUGGGCCAGCAGGACAAGGACGAGAUAAUCCUGCUUUUGGGCAAAGAGGUCAACCGGCUCUCGGACUUCGAAAUCGAAGCCAAGUACAAAGACGCCGUGAUCGCCGGCCUGCAGAACGAGGUGGCCCUGCUCAGCCAGAGGCUGUCCGAGGCGGCCGCCUGCCGGCACAGCGAGCGGCACGGCGCACACGGGCUCCAUGUGCUGGAUGACGACAUCGAGGCCAAAAACAAGGAGAUCCAGAGCUUGAAAAGCCAGAUCAGUGCCCUGCAGAAAGGCUACAGCCAGGUACUAUGCCAGACCCUGUCCGAGCGGAACUCGGAGAUCACAUCCUUGAAGACCGAGGGUGAGAACCUAAGGAAGAACAAUGAGAUCGCCUCCGGAAUGGUGUCAUCUUUGCAGAAGGACGUGUUAGCCAGGAAUGAGCAAGUUCAACAGCUGAAGGAGGAGCUGGAUCAGCUGAAAAGCCAGAACAAAGAGAAAGACCACCAGCUGGAAGCCCUGGGCUCCAGGUGCUCAGCACUGAAAGAAGAGCUGAAGCGGGAAGACGCCCAGCGGGAGCUCAGGGAGACCCAGGAGCAGGAGCUGAGAGUCUGCAGAGCCCAAAUGCAAGACAUGGAGAAGGAGAUCAAGAGGCUCAGGGAGGAGCUGCGGAAGAGCUGCUCUGAGCAGACCGCCAUCUCCAAGACGCUGCGCGAGAAGAGCAAGGUUGAAGAGAAGCUUCAGGAGGAUUCCAGAAGGAAACUGCUUCAGCUGCAAGAAAUGGGCAACAGAGAGAGCCUCAUUAAAACCAACUUGGAGAGGGCAGUAGGUCAGCUGGAGCAUUUCCGAAGCCAGAUCAUCAAGGCGACCUACGGCCGCGUGAAGCCCUUCCAGGACAAGCCCAUCACCGACCAGCAGUUGAUAGAGAAGAUCGCCCAGGUCACGGAGGACAACAUUAACUUCCAGCAGAAGCGGUGGAACCUGCAGAAGGAGACGCAGCUCAGCCACUCCAGGCACGAGGAGACGGCCGAGAACGUGGAGAAGCUGAAGGCGUCGCUGGACGGCUGUCAGGCUUGUAUGAAAACGUCCUGUCGCAGCAGCGACCUGAAGAAGGAGGUGGCCCUCCUGCAGCAGCUGCAGGUGAGCCCACCUGUGUCGGGGCUCCAGAAGGUGACACGGGACAUCCUGGGCCUCUCGCUGUCCUGGCUGGAGGAGACGGAGCAGCUCCUCCGGGACCUCGGCAUCCAGCCGCCCAGCUCCGACCAAGGGUUCUCUUUGUAUCUGAUCUAUCUUCUGGACCACUACAAAAAAAUUAUGAGCCAGACCCAGGAACUUCAGGUCAAGUUCAAGAGUUCCCAGGAGACUCAACAGUGUUUGCUGCAAGAAAAGCUGAGGGAGCAUCUGGCAGAGAAGGAGAAGCUGAGCGAGGAGAGGCAAGAGCAGGAGGAGAGGCUGAAGGCCAGAAUCAGGCGGCUGGUGGAGGAGAAGGCGACUUUGCAGGAGAACCUCACUCAGGAGAAAAACAGAGUGAAGGAGGCCCUGGAGGAGGAACGGAUGCACGUGCAGGAGCUAGAGGCCUGCCUGGCCCACCAGAAGGAGGUUUGGGAGAACCUCACUCAGGAGAAAAACAAAGUGAAGGAGGCCCUGGCAGAGGAACGGAUGAGGGUCCAGGAGCUGGAGGCCCACCUGGCCCGCCAGAAGGAGGUGUUGGAGGAGAACCUCACUCAGGAGAAAAGCAGAGCGAAGGAGGCCCUGGAGGAGGAACGGAUGAGGGUCCAGGAGCUGGAGGCCCGCCUGGCCCGCCAGCAGGAGGUUUCCGAGAGCAGCAUAGCCCAGGAGCGAAGAAAAGCCAAGGAAGCCUUAGAGACAGAAAAGAGGAGAGUCCAAGACCUGGAGAACCACCUAACCCAGCAGAAGGAGAUGUCGGAGAGCAGCAUGGCCCACGAGAGGCAGAAAGCAAGGGAGGCCUUGGAGAAGGAGAAGAGGAGGGUGCAGGACCUGGAGAACCACUUAACCAAGCAGAAGGAGGAAAUAGAAUGGAAAGGGCAAAGAGAGGCCGCUUUAAAUAAUAAAUUGAAGGACACACUAGCCGUGAUAGAAGAGACCCAGAAAGCGAAGCUGGCUGAAAGUGUAAAAGCAGAGAGCCUCACCAUGAAGUUAAAUGAGACGUCAGCUGAGCUGGAAUCUGCCAAGACGAAAAUGAUCAUGAUGGAGGAGCGGAUGCUGCUGCAGCAGCAGGCGCUAAAGACCCUCCAGGACGAGCGGGAGUCCCAGAAUCACGGGUUCGAAGAGGAAAUCGCGGGGUACAAGGAACAGAUCAAGCAGCACUCGCAGACGAUCGUGAGUCUGGAGGGCAGGCUCCAGGACAUGGCGCAGCACCACGGAAGGAUAGAGGCAGAGAUUGUGGCCUUGAAGGAGAGGGAGCCAGCUCAAAAGAAAGAAGUGCCGAGAGAGCCUCCAGUGGCACCUGCCCCGGACGUGGGCACCAGAGAGAUGGAGUGCGACCACCUGAUAGAUGACUUACUGGCUGCCCAGAAGGAAAUCCUGUCCCAGCAGGAGGUCAUCAUGCGGCUGAGGAAAGACCUUAACGACGCCCACAGCCGAAUGUCAGACUUGAGAGGGGAGCUUAGCGAGAAGCAGAAGGCAGAGCUGGAGCGGAACCUGGAGCUGGUGCAGCGGCAGAGCAGUGAACUGAGCACGUUCAAGAGCAAGGUGGCCCAGCUGAGCGGCCUGCUGGAGAAGAGGGACCGGGAGCUGGAGGCCCUCAAGGAGGCCCUGAGGGCUUCCCAAGAGAAACACAAACUCCAGCUGAGCAUGGAGAAGGAGCAGAAGCUCAGGAGCCCAACCAAGAAGCGUGACAUCUCCGUGCAGAUAGAACCAAUCCACACCGAUGCUUUCUCCAGCAGCCAGGAGGAGCAGUCCUUCAGUGACCUAGGGGUCAAGUGCAAAGGGUCCCGACACGAGGAGAUCAUCCAGCGUCAGAGAAAGGCCUUAUCUGAACUCCGCACCCGAAUCAAGGAACUGGAGAAAGCCUGCUCCGCAAAUCAUAAAGACCACCUGCAUGAGCCAUUUCUAGAAUUAAAGACUCUCGGGAUGGAAAAAAAUGUCCAGAAAAUAUUAUUGAAUGCAAAACCUGAUUUGCCAACUCUCUCAAGAAUAGAGCUCCGAGCGUCUCACAAUGACCUUUCCAACUCAGGGUCCAGCUUAGCCAUGGAGAAGUCGGGGAAAGCGGAUGUGGCCGAGGCACUGGAUCUCAGCGAGAAGCUGUACCUGGAUAUGAGCAAGACGCUGGGGAGCCUGAUGAACAUUAAGGACAUGUCAGGUCACGUGUCCAUGAAGCACCUGUCCGCCGCCGAGAGGGAUAAAGUCCACCAGCUCCGACAGAGGGACCUCGAUCUGGUGUUUGAUAAAAUCGCCCAGCUCAAGAGCCGGCUGGAGAGAAAAGAGGAGCUUCUAAGAGGAUAUGAAAAAGACAUCGAUCAGCUCAGGCAGAGCAAAGUGUCCGUCCAGAUGUACCAGUCGCAUGUGGCGAAGCUGGAGGACGACGUCUACAGAGAGGCGGAGGAAAAGGCGCUGCUGAAGGAGGCGCUGGAGCGCACGGAGCAGCAGCUGCACCAGGAGAAGAGGAUCAACAGGGCCAUGAGGCGGCAGGAGGUCGGAGCCAGAAAAGCCACCCUGAAGAUAGAGCAAGAAAGAGAGAUGAAGAAAGAACCUUCUAGCAAAAGCAGCCUAUUGUUUUCUAAGCCUGAUGGAAGGAACUAGAGCAAGGUCACCCCAGCGGGCCACAGCACCGGGACAGAUCCCUCGGAUAAACAGCAGUUCAAGCAGCUGACUUGCAUUUGGAAGCCACAUUGUGUGUGCAAUAUGGUGCUUGCUUGUUGAACGUGCAUGUUUGGAAAUGCGGAAGUUAAAUAAAAUGCCUGUGUGUCUCCAGCAUAUUUCAAGUCUUUCACAGGCCGCAAUGUGUUCUGAACAAGGUAAUCUUCUGGGUGUCUCCUCAGCCACACCCUCCCUUUCCCCGAAAAUGCACCCCCCACCCCCAUCAGCCUUGCCCUACAUAACACUGCUGCCUUGGCUGCCGCUGAUUGGCUGGAUGGAGAGACCCAACCCAAGCCAGACCAAUCAAAUUUCCCUCUGAAUUCAAGCCAGGCCAACUGGCAUCUCCGUCUUUGGUAUUUCAAAGUGGGACACUGACCACCAUUCAGGUUAUUAUUAGUGAUGCUGGAGUUGAGAGUCCCAGAGCCGUUCCGGGUUCCGGAGCCGGAGCUGCCACGUUCCUCUCGUGUCCCGAGAAACCACGCCAUCC